GUAGUUUCUGUAUAACCACUUGGUGAAGUAUUGGCAUUUGUAAUUAUUAUUUCUGAAACAACGAAAUAUGAAUCAAGAAAACAUUAAGAAAGCGGCCGUCCGUUUAAAUGAUUCAUCGUCGAGUUCAUUAACAGAUGUUCAUACUGAAUUUGCUGAAUUGUCCAAAAUAUUAAAUAAUUUAGAAACAAAAUACACGAAUUCGGAAAAACAAUAUAAAUCAACCUUAGAGGAAAAUAAAAAAAUUAAAGCACAGUAUAAUUCUUUAAUGUUGACACUUAAGUCACGUAAUUCAGCACUUACGGAAGAACAUUCAAAAACAUCGAUAUUAAAUGAAAAAAUCACCAACUUGGAAAUGCAAUUGCGAAAAGCUUCAACAAAUUUUGAUGAUACAAAUAGAAAUUACAAUAAACUUUUGAAAGAAAAUUCACAAUUAAACUUAGAAAUUAAAAGGAUAUCCGAAGAGUUAAAUAAACAAAAAAAUGAGUGCAAUCGUAUAUCGGUAGAAAAUUCAAUUAUACCCAAAUUAAAUCAAAAACUCGCAAAAACAGAAACUCAAUUAAAAGAAUUCUCGAAAAAGUUGGAAGAGAAAACUGCAUAUUGUAAUCAGAUAUUGGAAAAAAAUUCAAAAAUACCUGAAUUAAAUGAUGAAAUCAGUACAUUGAAACUACAACUCAAACAGAUAACCAACCGUCUAAAUACACAGAAUUCUAAACUAUCUGAAGAAAAUUCCAAAAUUCCGAUAUUAAAUGUCAAACUCGAGAACUUGAAAGAACAUUUAAAACAAACAUCGUUGGAGUUAGAAAACGAAAUUUCAAAAUGUACACAGCUUUCAUUAGACAAUGAAGGGCUUGAUGAUAAAUGCAAAGAACUUGCGAUGGAAAACUCAUCAUUGAGAGCGAAACAAGACGAAGCUGAUCAGACAAUAUUGGAGCUUAAUCAUAAUGUAAACAUAGUGGAACAAAAACUAAAACAUGUCACCACAGAGUUGGAAAAAGAAAUUGCUGAAUGUACCCAAUUAAUGGCGGAGAAUCAGAAAUUAAAAUCUUUAAAAGAUGGAAAUGAAUUAGAAUCAGAAAAGCUAAAUUUGUUGUCUUUAGAUCUUGAAAUAGAAAUAGCAAAAAAUACAGCUCUUACAGAAUACAACAAACAAUUAGAUGGCCUCAUUCGGGGACUCAGAUCAACAACUCAAUUAGAAAAGGUCACUCCAGGAUCAAAGGAAAGUUUGAGAAAUUCCCAAGAAAAGUUGAAUGAUCGCAAUAAUGGUAAAGUUCUCAUUAGAGAUUUACCCACCGACCAAAUACUAGAACCAUUAGAAAAUACUGUAAUAGUUUUGGCUUCCAAAAUGUCUAUGUGCAUAAAUCGGGAGGAUGUCGUCAAUGUUCGUAUUAUGGAGCGUAAAGGUUUGAGCGAAUUUUGUCAAAAUGUCUCACUUUUGGUUGAAUUUAAAACCAGCGAUACGAAAUCAAAAUUUCUCUCAAGUCGCAACAAAUUGAAGUUAAAUUCAUCUACUAAGUUUAUACAAUUAAAAGACUUUGUUGAAAAUGAAAUUUAUUCCCUAUUCCUUUACGCCAACAAAAAUCUUCGAGAUAAUGGAUUUAAUAGAAUUUGGUGCAAAGACAAUCAAGUGUUGGCCAUAAAAAAUGAUGUUGAUACCGAAAUAAUAGAAAUUAAGUCACGAAAUCAUGUCGAUGAACUAAUAAAACCCAAUUGGAGAUCCUAGAGUUUGUUAUUAAGCACGGAGAAGAAAAUUAUAUUAUAAUUUUAAGAAAUUUAUUAAAUAAUCAUGGCUAUUCCUGUUCUCACUUUCACCAUUCACCCUAUUUUUGAAAGCAUAAUUACAACAAUAUAAUAUAAAAUAAAAUUUCGAAAAUUUUAUAAUUAAGGUGAAACAAAUUACGUGUAAACAUUUCUAAUAAGAAAUUCUGAGAAAAUUAGAUACUAUUGUUGUAUCAUUAGAUACUAUUGUUGUUCAAAAAUAAGGUGAAUGGUGAAAAUGAGAACAGGAAUAACCCUGAAUAUAAUUAUAUCAAUUAUUUUAAAAAUUUACACCGGACAUACAUACAUAUAUAAAAAUAAUGUUAAUUGUUCUGAUGGAUGUAUCUGUAAAUAGAAACCUAAGCCAAUUUUUUACUGAACAAUUUUAAUUCCAAGAUGAAUCGGCCCCUACAUAUAUCUUGAUAAUAAUUCUAAUAUAUCCACGAAUUAUCAAUUCCCUAUACAUAUUUUUAUAUUCUGAACCAGAGACGUAACAGGUAUAAGAUAAAUAACGCGAACAAAUUAACAGCCUUGAUAUCGUAUUUUAGAUGUAAUGCAAGGCGAAUUUAUACAAGGUGGAGACAGUCAAACAGCUGAUAAUUGUUUUGUCGCUUUUUGGUUCUAACAACUGUCAAAGCUUGUUUUUAUAUUUAAAUAUCUACAUAUUCUAAGCUUAUUAACAAAAUAUUUAUUGUUUACAUAAACAAGUAAAGCCCUCACUAUUCAAUUAUCUACACUAUAUUAUGUUUAAUUUUUCAUUUUUGUUUUUUGACAUUUGUUAAGACCAAUCGUUGUUUUUGUAGAACUGACACCACCUUGUAUGAAUUCGCCUUGAUGUAAUGGAUGCAUUUCUAAUGAGUUUAUAGGGCAAGGAAUUUAAAUACAGUAGUUUUGCCUUUCACUUAAGAGCAUUUUGCAUAUAAGUGCACAAAACGUGUGUUUUGUAUAUUUAUUUAUCAAACUCCAUACAAAUUCGUUAAUUUAAGUGCAUUGUUGAUACCUGCACUGGUUUUCAUGAAAAAAAUUUCAUUUAGCUGCUUAAUAUAAAAUUAAAUUAAAAAUAAGAAAAAUACGAUUUUGAAUAAAAAAAUGUGUUGAAAACUUCUUAAUAAUUUUAAAAGUAGUUAAAAUACCAAAUUUGUCGUUAUUUUUAAAGGGAAACAUCACAAAACUUCAUGUAAAUUAUUUGCCGAUAGCUGCUUUUUUGGGCAGUAAACUUAAAUGCACUUACCAGCAUCAAUGAGCAGUUAACUGAUGUUAAAUGCACUUUUAACUUACCUGCACAAAAUAUCGUGCAAAGUUGGUUGUGCAGGUAAUUCAAAAUUACUGUAUAUGUAUUUGACAAAGUAAACAAAACGAGCAGUCUUAUAAGAAAUGUUUAUUUAUUUUAUAAGUAAAAUAUUAUUUAAAUAACCAUAAAAAUUAAACCACUUUUGAUUAUUAAUGGUUAUUGGUAACCAAACAAUUUUUUGUUGCUAUAGGUACAUAUUUGUUAUUUAUAACCAAAAAAUAUAUAUGUUUCUCAUUUAUAUUGGUUACGUUGACGUACAUAUAUCUUACGAUAAUUGUUAAAAAUUCCCUAAAACAGAUAAAUGUAAUUUUCGCGUAACCUUUUCUUCUGAAAGAACAGUAUUACGAUUAUUUUCUGUCCAUGUUCUUAACUUUAUGGCAAUGACAAAAUUAGAAUACCAAUUUUCAGUUUAAUUUCUAGUAAAAGAAAUUUAUAAAACAAAUAAAAAUAUCGAUGAAGUUAAACAUUUUAAUUAACAUAGACUGACAAAUAAAUGGCAUAGUUGGUUAAGUACCGGAUAUCAGACAUUUAUACACAGGAACAUUAAAUUUUCCAAAAUUAUACAUUUAAA